AUGACCUUUGUUGUAGAACCCAAUUGGGUAUCACAGACCCGUCCCCAAAUCACUGAGCCUGAGUCCCCCGUGUCGUCUGACAGGCUAGCAUCGACCGCGAUCAAGGGGAGCUGGGAUAGGUUCCGAAGCGAUGGGAUUUCGGUUGGCCACGACCCUGGAUGGGUCACGCUUACUGAGAGGGACGACGGCCGGGCGAACGAGCGUAGCAACGACGAAUGGCGAAGGGAGCAGAAACAGAUUCGCUAUGAUGUUGAAAUCGAGAGCAUCGAGAGCACGCUGCGGAGCAUGAGGGGGGUAAAAUGA